GCAUAUUGUUUGGAUUUCAAUUGGAUGUUGGCUUAGAAUACCCACUUGUAUGCUCAUAUUCAGAGCUAAACCAAACUGCUUGAUACAUGAUUUCUCUGCCUUAGACUCUCUAUAUAUCUCUCUCUCUCUCUCUCUCUCUGUAUGUCUGUGUGUGGAGAAUAGAACAAGUGGUACUAUUUUUUUGAAAGGAAAUAUUUUGGUUGCAUUCUGCAACACAUUAAUCUUCUGAUACAGAUCUGCCGAUUCAUGGACCAAGUCUUAAAGAUCUGAUUACCCAGUUGCUUGUGGAUUCUAUGGAGAAGAAGAUUGAGUGAAAUUGAUUCAUGAAUUCUCUCCCUGCAAUGGAUUGGAAUUCUAAGUGGGACUGGGAAAACCUAGUCAUGUUCAAUUCAAAAUCCAUUGAAAGUCCUAAGAAGCAACCAACUGACUGGGGAAUUGAAGAGGGAGAAAUUGACAUGGUGUCUUUUAAUCUAUCUGGAGGUGGAGGUGGUGGUUCUGGUUCUGAAUUGGCACAUGGUUCUUCUGCAAGGAGCUCAAUAUCAGCUUCUACUGAUUCUUCAUCAAAGGAGGUAAUGAAAGCAUCCAGGAAUGCUUUUGAGGUAUUUCAUGGUUUUACUGGAGAUUUUAGCAAGAAGAAUGAAUUGGCUAGAGCUGAGCUAGCUGGAACUUCUCCACCACUGGAGUCUUCAGUUGGCUCUGGUGAACCGUUGAUUGGUCUGAAACUAGGUAAGCGGACGUAUUUUGAAAACAAUUGUACUGGAGGCAACACUAAGACUUCAUCGUUCUCCGCGAUUCCUGCAUCAUCUGCUGCCACUACAGCAAAGAAAAUCAAAUCAUCUUGUCAAAGUACGCCUCCCCCACGCUGCCAAGUUGAAGGUUGCAGCCUUGAUCUCUCAUCAGCUAAAGACUAUCAUCGCAAGCAUAGAGUUUGUGAAAGUCAUUCCAAAUGCCCAAAGGUGGUUGUAGGUGGUCUAGAACGUCGGUUUUGCCAACAAUGUAGCAGGUUCCACAGUUUGUCAGAAUUUGACGAAAAGAAGCGAAGCUGUCGUAGGCGGCUUUCAGAUCAUAAUGCACGGCGCCGUAAGCCACAACAAGAUGUGAACCAGUUUAAUUCGACAAGGCUACCUUCAUCAUUUUUGGAUGGGAGGCAACAGAUGAGUUUUGUAUUGAACAAUGCGCCGCUUGUUCACACAAGAUCUUCUGCAAAUCCUACAUGGGAAAGCACAUGCAACCCCAAGUUCACACUAACUGAAGGGUAUCUGCUGAAAUCUGAGAAAAAUGGAGGCAUUGAUGGGCAGCUGCAAUUGCGAGGCACUGAGCUGCCACAUGCCAUCAGUAUGCAUGGCCAGAAUUCCAAUAGGCUCUUUCCAUCCAAGGGCUCCAAAGCUGAAAUUUUCACUCAAGGUCUCUCUUCCAAUUUGGAUGCAGCGCCAGAUCAUCGUGCUCUCUCUCUUCUGUCAACCAAUUCUUGGGGCUCAGAGCCAGCAAACAUUGCACUCGACCACCCCAUUCAUGUAAAUCUUACGACCAUGCCUCAGCCCAUGAUCCAUGGAGUCCCCCAAGGUUUGCCACUAUCUUCAUCAGACUAUUGGCAGACUGAGCAACACUCUACCGAUCCCCGACACAUUCACCCAUUGACCACAAACGAUGGCAGCCAGUUCCAUGAAAUCCAACUCCUUAAAUCACCGUAUGAAAGUGCCCUUUAUCCAAAUCUGAUGAACUGAACUGGAAUCCAUUCAGUCACUUCCUUCCUAACAAGGUUAGGCUCUCUGAGAUCCGUAUAUUUUUAAUGUUUUAAGAUAUUUUGAAAAUGGAAAUGAACCAUUUGGUCGAAACCAUUUUAACUGUCAACUAGUAAUAUUUGCUUCAAGAAAUGUAGUGUUAUUGAUCCCUGGGGGUUCAUGGUAAAGAUUUAGCCACAGAAUGGCCCCUUAAUGCUUUCGAGACAGCCUAACUGAGUUCUUGUCGUUUAAAUACAAGAAUUAAAAACUUUUUGAAUUUUGAGCUGUUGGUUUUGUACAACUUGAAGCAAUGUUGAAGUUAUGGAGGUUAGGUUUACCAACUGUUCCUGAUGAUACCCGCCGGUCUUUCAUUUUUUAUCAUAUUAUCUAAUUUAAUGCCUAUGGACACAUUGAAAACUGGCAGGCAUUAUUUUGUGGUGACAUACCUACUGUGUUGUAUUCUGUUUUUGGAUGUUGGGUUUGUUGAGGAAAAGGAAGACAAAGGAAAUGAAAUUGCUUGUUUGUUCUUUAA